AUGCAAGGUAAUUCAGGACACUACGCUAUCGAUCAUCAGUACGAUAACGCUUUUGAUGUUGCUAACAAUCCUUUGAUGAUGGAUUUCACUCUUGAAGAUCCAUUUUAUUCAUCUUUUUAUAACCCUACCCCAGGGAUGUGGAGCGAAACGAGGGAUGAGAACCAGGAAUUGUUGUCAUGUGACAACAAUCAAGAAAAGAUAAUUAUAACGGAAAAAGGGAAGCAAAAAAUGUUAUCUCGAGAAGCAAUUUCCAAGUGUUUUUACAUGCCAAUAAAUCAAGCAGCCAAGGAACUCAAUAUUGGGGUGACACUUUUGAAGAUAAGAUGUAGGGAUUUGGGAAUUCGAAGAGGGGGAAGGAAAUGGUAUGGAACGAAGUGGAAGGAUGUGAUAGAUUCAUUAGAGGAAGAGAAGAAAAGGAUGGAGGAAAUCCCGGACAUGGAACUUGAGGAGAAAACAAAGAAAUUAAGGCAAUCUUGUUUCAAGGCUAACCACAAGAAGAGAAAGCUUAUGGGUAUGGCGAAUUGCGGGCUUCUUUUGAUACCCUCUUGCGAUAGUGGUCCGAUUUGGACAAUAAUAAUCUUUGCUAUUGGUUAUGGCCAUAGAGAGGAAGAUGAUGAAGAUGAAGUCAUUAAGUCUCUUCUUGCCGAUCGUUUCAACUCAAUGAGCCCAACUUUGCAUGAUUGA